CCACUUCCAAUAUGGCGGCCGGCAUGAGGUUUAUCGUCCAUUGUCUUUUCGUUGAGUUAUCCUGAGAUAACAUGGCUACAGGACGAUUGGACGACAUAGAAAACAUUUUUAACUCAAGAGGCAUCAAUAAAGGUACGGUAUGGUUGAAAUUGCCUAGUAAGUUGAUCUGUUACAGACGUUUUUUCACCAGUAAAAGGGAACUUGACUUACCUUGGAAAUUGUUUAACCUAAGAGUUAAGCCACUCACAGAUAAAGUUAUGAUCGAUUGAUGAGGGAAAUGAUGUGUUUUUUAAACUAAUCAAUGCUCAGCAAACUUAGCUGCCUAACUGUAAAACCAACCUUUGUUUCUAUAAACUAUUUCUUAGUUAUGUCUGUUUUAGUCUGCGCCAGCUUUGCUCUGAAAAAUAAGCUUAAGUCUACAUGUAUUCAAAUUUUACCACACAAUACUGAUGAUUCAUUACUAGGCCACAAAAGUUCGGUAAACAGUCAUUAAGCCGCCUGGUCUUUUAGCGACAGUUACCUUUAGCCCAAGUCAGUAAGCUCCCAAAGAUAAAGAUGUUUGGCUCCAUAAAUAGAAGAAAAUUUGGAUUAAGCGUGAUCUAAGUGAGUGCUAAUCAAGUGAUGACAUAGAUAUUCCUCAUUCUAUGGCUAACCAGUGAUUUUGUUUCCUCUGUGUCUUGCGACCCUGAUGCAUAAAAAUCCCCAAAGACGCUAAAUAAUUCAUGGAAUGCGUCCCGUAGGAUGCAAAGAUUGAUCAAUUGAUCUGAACAUUUGUAUUAUAUAUUUUAACAUUUGUUUUAUAUAUAUAAUGAUAUAUAUAUUUAUUUUGUAGAAAUAUCCUGUUCAUGUUAUUUCUGUGGCAGUUAUUAUGGCUGUUGUUUAACAAUGCAUAUUUCUUUUAGCCUUUGUUGUGCUUUGAAGUAGAAAGACUAUAUUUUAAUUUUAGUAUACUGUAAUACAGAGUUUUGGAGUCUGUCUUCAGAUUAACUGUCUGGUUACAUAAAGGCCCGAAUCAUGAUUUUUCACACGAUGAGUGCCAGGACUCACCAUAAUUAUUUAUAACAAAAUCACUGGCUAACUAUUGAUUUACAACAAUUUCAUUGACACAAAAAGUUAACUUAGUGCAUGAACUGACUGGGGCAUGUCUAAAAUAUAAAAUGUGUAUACUGACUAAAAUAUAUUGGUGAGUCAAUCUGUUGCCAGUUUGAAAUUAAUUACGCCUUUGUGGUGGAGUUCAUUGUUAUCUCUUUUAUAAUUUAUAGGUUAAACUAAAUAAGGUAUUAUUUAUAUUGAAACAAUCACUUCUGUGAUGAAACUGUUGAAACAAAUGUUCAAGGGGGGCUAAAUGUCUUCAAAAUAGGGAGCUAGUAACCCAAGAAGAAAGUAUCGACUUACGAUUUAAGGAAUUGAACAAAUCAGUAUCCGAAAGUUAAUACAGAUAGAUUCAAGAACUCUUACAUUAAUCGCUUAAUUUUUAAAUACAAUUUAGCUAUGUGAGCAUACUUUUUUUUUAUUGUAAAUAACUUCAAUAUAUAUACUUUUACUCAAAUAUUUUAACAAAAGAUAUGUAUUUUUUAUCUUGUGUGGAAAUAAAGACUAUUAUUAUCAUUAUUUAACUGCGGCUAAUUGACCAGCAGGCUGAAUGGCAGUAAAAUGAAAGUUAUCCUGACAUCAUUCAACACACCACUGAAACUCCUAUCAAAUAAUUAUUGCUGCAGAUACUGAAACUUUUGAAGCAGUCUUAUUCCUUUUUACAUUGCAGAUUCACAGGGCACUAUAGCAAGGAAAUGCCCACCACCCAAAGUUAUUGAAUUUGUUGAACCAGGGAAACAAAGAAAAAAGACAAAAGCUGGACCACCUCUGAGUGUAUGUUGUGCCAUUUAAAUUUAUAUUUUGUUCUUUAUUUGUAAAAGUUAAUCAUAGCAUGUCUCAUUAUUAAAAUGGAUCUUAUAAAUUUCGUUUAGAUCAAAAGGAAACAAUUAAAAGAUAAGGACAAACCAUCAAGGUAAACAGAAAUGUUAUAAAAUACUAAUGAUGUGGAAGUGUGUCAUUACUUAUCAGUGAUUGUACAUGUAAGUGUAAGAUUAUGUGGCCAUUUAUUUUAAAUUGAACUAAAUUUGUUAUUUUAAAAAAUGUUUUCUAGACAACAUCUUGAUGAGAUUGACUUUCAAUCCAUUGCAAGAGAAGUGAAAGAAUUUGGUGAGUGGAAUUUAUAUUUUAUGUUAUUAGUUAAUUUGAUGAUUUUCAUGUGGUUUUUAUUUUUCCAGAUUUUAUUUCUAUUAUACCUUUUGCACAUGAAGUUUCUGAACCUGACUGUAAAUAGACAUAAACUAAAAUGGACCAGGCCAACCUGCCCUAAGUCCUCUGGGCCUUUCAGCCCCAAUAUCAACAUACAAAUUUUCCAGACUGAUCUUGGUACAUUUCCUUAACAUAAUGAACUAGCUGAGAUAGUUUGAUAAACGAUCACUGCAUUUCCCUUCAGUGAUCUUUUAAGUAAUUCUCAUAAUCUAUUCUCUUGUUGAUGUGAUGAUGUUAGGAGAAAAUUAUUGAUGUUAGUCACUCUUGGGACCAACCUGGUUAAAUGAGUUAUCGGGAGCUUAAGAGCCCCCACAUAGUGUUUUAUUAGAUACCCAACAGAGCUCAGCGAAAAAUCUACUUGUCCUGGACUACUGGACAUGACCUUUUCAAGCCCUGUAUCCAAACAACCCACCGUAAGUGGCUGAAAAAUGCACAUGCUCAUGUCUUGGUGAUGUGAAUCUGCUGACAAUUUUGACAAAAAACCUCUCCGAGGGGGACAUUGGGGCUUACAUUUUUUUUUUAAGCAGUAUUUCUGUAAUUUCAAUUUAAAUGUGGGUUGUUACAGUAUCAUCUAGCCCUGCGGUACGCGGUUUUUCAUCCUUUUGGCUGACAGUAUUUGGUAAAAGAGGAUCCUUCAUGGUAUUGCAGUACCGUUCAUUUGCGCUCUCCUCUCUAAUUAAUACAGUUCAAUAGAACAUGCAACACAAAACAGUCAGUAAGCUAUUAUUAGACAUAUUGAUAAUGGUAAAUGAUUACACAAUUUCUGACAUUCAAUCUAUGUUUGAAUAAUUAUUGUUGUUGCAUCCAAUGACCAGGCUUUUCGAGCUGUGUAUCGAUAAAAUAAAAAUUUAAAAAUUUGAGGUCUCCUCACAUUUUCUCACAAUGGCUGAGGUUGAUUUCUCGGGCAUACCUGCUUGAAAUAAGCAAACGUGCGAGAUGGAUACAACUUUAUGCAAGUGUGACUGAUCAGAAAUGCAGCACUGCUCUAGUUCUUACUGUUGGUCAUUUGACAAUUGACUGUUCAAAGUAGGUUGUCAACUGCUACCUUCCUUCCUGCCCAAGCGAACAGCAUAUUCUGCUAAAUUGCUAUAUUUUAGGUGUAACUGGCCUGAGUAGAAAAGAAAGAAGAAAAUAUGAAGACCAAAAGGCACAAGCUCUUGGUGGAAAGGUAGGGACACGUUUAAAUAAUCUUCUAUCUUCAUCAGCUAAGAGUGCUCUUAUUAUUCUACAAUAUUUGACACUUUUUUACCAGCCCCUGUGCAAUGUUGUGAUAGUUUUAUUGACAGGUGGCAUAUAAGGCACCUUUGAGUUCAUAUUUUUAACUGAAUCAUUAAAAUUUGUUAGCAUUGCUGAUGAAAUACUGUUAAAUCCUGUGAAUUGUACUGAAGUUUGAGCCCCAGGGAUCCGUUUCUUGAAAGUCCCGGUUAUUACUGGGCCCUGAAAGCUGUCAACAAAACAAAAAUAAUGAACUGGUUUGUCAAAUACAACCUGAGCAUUUAUUCUUUAUUAUUUUUAGCUUCAGGCCCGAAAAGUUCCCAGGACUUUUGAGAAACGGGCCCCUAUUGGGAAAUUUUCUUCCUUAGAGUAACAAGGGGUUUUAUUUAUGUGGGUUUCUAGACAUAGUAAAGUAUAAUUAGUUGCAUGUGGAACAAAUAUGAGUUAUUUUGUUAAUAGGCCUAGAUAGAAUGAGUUUCUUGCUUCCUCCACAGUACCUGUUAUAUAUUUCCUCACCUUUAAUACCUGUUUAUAAUUUAGAUAACAAUAAUUUAUUUAUUUUUCCAAUCUCCUGAUAACAUUUAAAUGUUUAAGGUUCCUAAAGGACAAAAAAUGCCUUAUCCAAUGUUGAUGCGUCAAAUGAAAAGAAGAAAGGAACAAGAGAAAGAACAAAGGGAAAGGGUAAGAGAUAAUUAUUAUUACUUCUUAAGAAAAUUUGGGGAAAAGAAGUUCCCCCCUUACACCAAAGUUUAAGGUGCCAGUGGGAAAUUCAGUUCACUGCCCAUUUAAGUAUCUUCUUACUUACUGUAACAUUAGCCAUGGGAAUAUUUUAAAUUCAUUAUUAUUAUUAUUAUUGUCAGUAAGAUUUUUGAAUAUGGGCCAGGGCCUUAUACAACCUGUACCACCUUCUGAAACUUGGACAAAAUGCGGUCUUAAAGCAGGGGUUACUGUAACCAUAUAACUAUAUUACUUGACUUUAAUAUUUAAUGUGGUAUUUUGUUUAUGUUAAUUCCUAAGGAACAUGCGAUGGGCAUCUUCAAAAAGAAACCAGAUAAAAGUAAAAAAGCUUCAACAAGGUUUGUAUAGUAAAUUUUGGAUAUUGUGAACUAUGACAGAACUUGAAUGUACUUUUCUAGUCCAUCAGCAAGACUUAGUUUGCUUAGUUUUCUACUUAUUGCAAAGCAGUAAAUUCACUCAUUAUUUGUUGUCAUUGAAGUCUUGUACCUCUCCCUCAAAAAAGUGGGCGUUGUAAGCAUCUUGCUGUUCGAGAGCUUGAAAAGUGCUGCUUACAAAAUGACAACUUGUUCCCUCUGCUUACCCGCUAGAGUCCCAAAAUGCAGCUUAAGUGUGCAUAGGUUUCAGGCUUCAGUUAUAUGAAAGGGUAGGAAUUUCAAGAGUUGAUGUAUAUGAAACGGAAAUCUGUCAUUUUAGGUAUUUAAUAUUUUAAACUGACGCAACCUAUCUAGUCAUACCAGUUUUUUAAACCUACCAUUUAGUGAAAAGAAGACUUACGUGAAAGAGGCACCUUUUCUCAAUGGAAGGUAUAAUGAAAAGGGUAGCUUUUUUGCCAAAAGUUGCACACAAAUGGGUAAGAGGUUGGACCUCGGCCCACUGCCCCAACCCCAUCCCCAGGGUUUCUUGUAAAUAGUUUAACGGUCUUUUUGUUGCAUAUCUUGGCUUACAGAUCCUCUUUGGGUCGCUGGGUUGACAACUCAUCUAAGGGCUUCGAAGCAUCAGUUGGAAAAUUCAAAGCUGGUGUCCAGCGUUUGUCCAAAGCUGAUCUACGGAAGAUUAAAUCAACCAAGAGAUAAGAGAACCGCAAGAUUUAGUUUUCUAAGCCGCCAGGAAUAAAUGUGCACAUCUAAGCAAGAUUAACUGUCAGAGUGCAAGGAAGAUGGGC